GGACCUAGCAUGCUCCCUAUCCUAAAUAUCGCCGACGAUGUUGUUCUCGUCGAACACCUGUCUCCGCGGAUUGGGAAAGUUGGUCACAGUGACUUAGUUCUUGUGACGUCACAUUUGAACCCUAAUCGGAACUUGACAAAGCGUGUUGUUGCUAUGGAAGGGGAUACUGUUACUUUCUUUGAUGCUUCAGGUUUUGUUUCCUCUAGAACUGAUGUGGUGCCAAAGGGGCAUGUUUGGAUUCAAGGAGAUAACAUAUAUGCUUCCUUUGAUUCACGUCACUUUGGUCCUGUUCCAUAUGGCCUUAUAAAAGGAAAAGUGUUUUUUUGGAUGUGA